CUGGCAGUGAGCAGUAUGGCUGCAGGAGGAGGCCGGGCCUUUGCUUGGCAGGCGUUCCCCCCCAUGCCCACUUGUCGGGUAUAUGGUGCCGUGGCACACCAAGAUGGGCACCUGUUGGUGUUGGGGGGCUGUGGCCGGGCUGGGCUACCUCUGGACACUGCUGAGACACUGGACAUGGCCUCACAUACAUGGCUGGCAUUAGCACCCCUACCCACUGCCCGGGCUGGUGCAGCUGCUGUGGUUCUGGGCAAGCAGGUGCUAGUGGUGGGUGGUGUGGAUGAAGUCCAGAGCCCAGUAGCUGCGGUGGAGGCCUUCUUGGCUGACGAAGGCCGCUGGGAACGUCGGGCUACCCUCCCUCAAGCAGCCAUGGGGGUUGCAACUGUGGAGAGAGAUGGUAUGGUGUAUGCUCUGGGGGGAAUGGGUCCUGACACGGCCCCCCAGGCCCAGGUACGGGUAUAUGAGCCCCGCCGGGACUGCUGGCUUUCGCUACCCUCCAUGCCCACACCCUGCUACGGGGCCUCCACCUUCCUGCACGGGAACAAGAUCUAUGUCCUGGGUGCUUUAAUUCCUUUGACAGGAGGCCGCCAGGGCAAGCUCCCAGUGACUGCUUUUGAAGCUUUUGAUCUGGAGACCCGUACAUGGACCCGACACCCAAGCCUGCCCAGCCGACGAGCCUUUGCUGGCUGUGCUAUGGCUGAAGGCAGUGUCUUUAGCCUGGGUGGCCUGCAGCAGCCCGGGCCUCAUAAUUUCUACUCCCGCCCCCACUUUGUCAACACUGUGGAGAUGUUUGAUCUGGAACAUGGGUCCUGGACUAAGCUGCCUCGUAGCCUGCGGAUGAGGGAUAAGAGGGCUGACUUUGUGGUGGGCUCCCUUGGGGGCAACAUUGUGGCCAUUGGGGGCCUUGGGAACCAGCCGUGCCCUCUGGCCUCCGUGGAGAGCUUCAGUCUUGCGCGGCGACGCUGGGAGGCACUGCCUGCCAUGCCUACAGCCCGAUGCUCCUGUUCCAGUCUACAGGCUGGGUCCCGGCUGUUUGUUAUUGGGGGUGUGGCCCAGGGCCCCAGUCAAGCUGUGGAGGCACUGUGUCUUCGCGAUGGGGUCUGAAGGCCUGGUGAGACCUUGUCUGCCCGAGCAGCUCAGUGUAGAAGCAGACUGGGCUCCUUUUUUGCUGCUGAGGGUGCUCCUCAUGAGGGAGGCACAGGAGAGGAUGCCUGAGUUACCGCCUUAGGGACAGGGGUUGGAGGAGCCUUUGUCUUUAGCACAGGACACACAUGCUUACACCUAUUUUUACCACUGUCCACUCACAACCUUAGCUAGCUCCAUCCAUGCCUAGCACUUACUAGGCCCUCUGUCAACUCUGAGUGUGAAGAGGAGAAUGUUGGCCUCACAGGAGAGGCCCAAGAGUUGACCAGGCCUUCUCCAGUGGCCAUUCUGGAAAACUCUGAGCUUCCAGCCUUCCCCGAGGGUCCCUGUGGACCCCAGAAGUGUUCUGAGGCUGGAGAGCGUAGAAGAGACAGUGGAGAGAAUAUGGGGGGCGGGGGCUGCUGACUUUGUGCCCUCCAUACUGACGGUUGUAUGACCUGGGCAAGUCAAGUUGUCCCACCUCUCUGUGCCUCGGAAUCCUCAUUUGUAAAUGGGGAUCUCUGGAACUUUCCCGCCCCACCUACCUCGCAGGGCUGUUGUGAGGACCCAGGGAGUUUCGAUUUAGAAAUAAAAAUACCGAUGAGA